GAAAUAAGCGGGAUUUUGUAGGUCUAAGGAUAUGGAACCUGUAUCACAACAGCGACUUGACGAAUUGAAGGCAAAAAUAGCAUUGCUUGAGGGUGAUCGCAAAGCAUAUUAUGAAAAUUCCGUACAAGCUGUUUCAGAGAAUAAGAAACGAGUGUCAGAUCUUCGUCUUGAAAAUAAUAAACUAAGAAAUAUCCUUCGAGAAAGGCUCUCGGCUGAUCAACAUAUCAUCAAUCAUGUCCUGCACAACCGACAGGCUGAUAGGGUUUGCAUGUCUAAUAAAACUGGGGCAAUGGUAAUCGAACUUUUGGACAAUCGCACGUGUGAUGCAAGGAAAAAGCUUAAUUCUUUGAAGCAUAUGACUGUUCAAAAGGAGAAGAAAAUAGAAGAGAUGAAAUCUCAGUAUAGAGAGAUUACGGAACUUAUUGAGUACGGAAACGCAACCUAUGCAGGAACUAAUAAAGAGGGGAAAAUGUUAAGAAACUUAGAAAACCGACUUGACAAAGCUCUGCUUAAAUACCACGAAGCAGAACACAUCAGAAAAACCUAUGAACAAAUAAAAGAAAAGCUUCAAGAUGAACAUCUAACAUAUGAACACAGUUUGGACUCUCUUGAAAAGCAAAUAAAAGCCACUCAAGUUGAAGUUUCAGAGCUACAACGAAUGUAUAAUGAUGCCAUUGUGGCCAGGGAUACCGCACAACAGGAGUUGAAGUUUCAAGAAGAACAUACCACAAACGAACGUCGACGUCGAGAAACAGAACUCGCAAACAUGAAAAGAAUUGCCGAGGGCAAGAAGCUCGCUGUUGAUAGGAGUGACUACCAACAAGGUAGAGAGUCACUUUCUUCUGCUAACGUACCAAGUGGAAGUGUUCAAGGAGACAGCAUUGGUACUGGAGAACGAAUUUCGGGAACAGGUGGGAUAAGUAUAACAGAAGAACAACAAAUGAAAAUAUCUAAAUAUGAAGAGUCAUUUAAAACUAUUAAAGAAGUCACUGGACUGUCUGAUCUUGAUCAAAUUGUUAAGAGGUUUGAAAGUCAAGGGGAAACUUUACGAAAUCUAAAUGAAUUGAAAGACAAAGCUGAAGAACAAUGUCAAAAACUUCGUAAACAAAGGGAUCAACUACAGCAAGAGUUUGAAGAACUUAAGUAUUCCGGAGAAACGGAAAUAGAAAGCACUAAUCAAGUAAUAAAACAACAUCAGAAUGAAGCACAAAUAGAAAGUGAACGUCGUAUAAAAUGUUAUCAAAAUUUAGAAAAUGCUAAUCAUCUUUUAAUUCAAUGUAAAACUGGAGUUGAUCAUAUUUAUGAUAAAUUAUCUUUUUUAAAUAUGCACAUAACAAAAGGUAUUGAACAUUUUCAUAAAGAUGGUGAAGAAAAAGACGAAGAAUUAGUUGUAGAUGAACAAAAUAUUAUCGAUAAUAGUGAUAUACCAGAAAUGUUAAAAAUAUGUAAUAAUAAAUUAGAUGAACUUAUGAGUAGUUUAAAUGAUGUUAAUAUUGAAGAACAACUUAAUUUAAUAGAACAAGAAGAAUUUUACACAAAGCUUGAUAGUAAAUUACCCGAGAACAAUAUAAGAAUACAAUUUCCAAAAGUAAAGAAUGAAGGUAAUCCUGAUGAUGAUGAUGGUGGAGCAGAUGAUAAUGAAGUGUUAACUAGAGCUGCUUUAAAGAAACAAGCUCAGCAAAUAGUUGAAAUGAGAAAUAAGAAGAGACAAACUAGAAAGAAGAAAAGAAGAGUUCGAUAAAAUAAAAAUGAUGAUGUUAUUAUCAAACUGUAUGCAUUCAGUCAAACUAGAGUGAACAAGAUAUAGAUGACUUUAUUUCCGUAUGAAAAGCACCACUGUUUAUACACUAGUCAUAGGCAAUGUGAACCGACUUUCUAAAAUGAUAGGACACUGAAUCGAUGAGCAUUUGCUUCUUGAAAAGAAAAAAAGAAGAUCAAACAUGAAAUUUCACUUUUCUUCCUCUCAACUUUCAUUCCUUUUUCAUAAAAUAUAUCGCUUUUAUAUCCUAGACAGGUGUUGUCGAACGUUUAAGAACAAUGUAUUUGAUUUCAGGUAGUUUCUACUUGUGUUCUAUUUCGAUUAAAUGAACGUUUCCAACCCUAUAUUAUCCACAUAGCUGCAUUCUUCAAAUGGACAGGGAGAUAAUUAUGAAAAACAACCGUCAUAAUCUAAUAAUCAUACUUCACAAAGUUACUAACCUUAAUAUGGCUUGUAAUUCAGACAGGAUGGAAUAACAUGGACACUUGUUGUAUGCUCAACUGCUCUAUCUCUUCCAAAUUAGAAGAUCAGCCCCAAGUAUUAAACAUUAGAUGAACUAAGCAGCUCGUUUGUGACAAUUAAGACUGUUGAAAUCAAGAUCUUUAUGACUUGUCAACAAUCUUGCUGAACUGAAUGUUUUCCAAUAAUACGCUUUAGUUCAAUCAAGCAGGUUAAUGUGUACAUAUAUAAAACAUAUUUUAGAUUGUUGACCUAGAACCAAAUAUUUUUUAUUCGCUGAUCAUUAGAGUUGAAGUAGAACAGGAAAGUGUGUGAAUACAUGAAUGAAAGUGUUAUGGUCAAUACUGAUGUUGAGUUGUAAACCAAAUAGAGUUACAUACUAACCAUCAGUCUCAUCGGAUAAAAAAAUAACCAAUUAUUUACAGCUGACUCGAAACCCUUGGUGUUUUUCAUACAAGGCAUAAGAAUACAUGGGUUGCCUUCUCAGCUUUCACAAUAGACGAUUCAAGUCGAUGAGUUAAGUUCACGGAACAAUAAUUCUAAUUCAUGGAGCAUAAAUCCAUCAUAAGACAAUAAACUACUCCCUGGUCUCUCCGAUAAUUACAUAGAACAAGCCACUAAGGUUUUGGAUCAAAUUUAGGAAAAACUAUUAAAAAGUCCAUGAAUUUUGAAGUAACUCAACACAAAUAGUGCAUUCAAGUCAGUCGGUCUUAUCAAAUGUAUCAGUAAAGGUUAUGAAUCCAAAAAAUGUGAUUUAUGUCCAGAACAAUCGUUUAACUUUUGUCCUGACGGAAACAUCAUACGUGUAAGUUGUCGAGUGUUCUCUUUAGUCGGUCACCUAUGUGGAUAAUUAACAGUCGUUCGUCUAUACACACAAUUUCGGCAAAGCAUGAAACGACAAUGCAAUUGAAGAACCUGAUAUCUAAGCCAUUCCUUAGAUUUAUUAAUACACCAAACUAAUUACAGUCAUCAGCCUAUAUUUACAUGAAGAAAAAGUAACAGAAGACUAUGGAUUAAUUGUAUUCUCCAAUUUUUUACUUUCUUGCUUUUUAUAAAUCUGAAAGAAUGUUUCCAGUAGUGGAUAGUGGGAUAAACGUAAUAUAAAAGAUAUAAGACCGGCAUCACUUGUAUUUUG